UUGAACUCCAGUUUACACAACAAUGUUAACAACUCGUUUAGAGUUACCUUAUUGUCUCAAAUCAAUGUCUGGUUAUAAUUCUUGGCCGCCAUGUUCACCUGAGAAUGAGAAUGGCAAGUUUGAGCUCUCAGAACAGUAUUUCAUUGAUGACUGGCUAGAGGAAGAUCCAUCAACUUAUGUACUUUCAGACUCUCCUGGUCAGAACCUACAACGUUAUCAAGAAAGUGUACAUGACUCGGGGGGAUCAAGUAGCCACGAAGGACCAAGUAGUGGAGAGAAGAAGGAAGCUAAAGAAAGAUUUGCAUUCAAAACCAAAUCGGAAAUCGAAGUACUGGAUGAUGGUUUCAAGUGGAGAAAGUAUGGGAAGAAGAUGGUGAAGAACAGCCCAAACCCACGGAAUUACUACAGGUGCUCUGUGGAAGGUUGUCCUGUGAAGAAGAGGGUCGAAAGAGAUAGAGAGGAUCCAAGAUAUGUUAUAACAACCUAUGAGGGCGUCCAUAACCAUCAAAGCUCAUCUUAAUUCUAAAAAUUUGUGUGGUUUGAGUUUGCUAAGUACUUGUGAUGUUACACAACAUCACUUGUUAAAAAUAUGCUUAAUUUUGAGUUACAACCUUUCUUCCAGAAGCUGACAGGUAUUAGGGAUAUAUGUCAAUUACUUAAACAGUUACUAUAAUCUCUAUUAGAGAUUAAAAAAAGAGGUAAACUCCCAUGCACAAGACUCUUCUAGAGGACGGGGAAAAUAUACGCAGGUUUACCCUCACAUACAUAAUAUGUGGAGAGUGUUUCAAAGAAUUGAACCUAUGAACUCUUGGUUGCACCACUAGCCACUAGGUCACAUGUUCACCUUUAUAAUCUCUAUCAGAGAUGAUUUUGUGAAAUUCACAUAUUUAUUGCAAGGUUUUGCUAUAGAAGUAAUCACUCGAAAUCAAAUAUACCAUUUUUUUCUGCUAAUUGUAUGAAGUAAUAAAUAGUUCAAAUCGCAAAACAAGUACGUGGCAGAACUAGCUGAAAUUAAAGAAAGAGCAGAUGAGAAAGUUGUGACCUGUGGUUGGCAGAUGAAACCAUAACCACAAAGAGAAGUUCAACAGGCUGUUGGAUAGAAAACAUACCUAUUCAAAGAGGAUGUCCUGCAUCAAUAGCUCUGACUCCAUUGUUAUUGCCAUGGCUUCAAGAUUUUUGCCGUCUCUAUUCAAGGCUGACGAUGAUGCGAUGAUUCUGAAACCCCUUCCUCUGUCAUCAUGGCUGCAAAGGCUUUUGCCUUCUCCAUUCAAGGCUGACUAUGAUACGAUGAUUCUUCAAGCCUCCCUUUGCUUCUCCUCUCCCCUCUAAAGGAAAGAAAAAAGGUUGAACCCAGUCCACAAGAAUCACACCACCACAGCUUGUUUAUGUGGCUCGAACCUCUGUGGUGCCUAUACUACACCAAUACUGACCAGUCACCAGCAUUGUAUAAUUGUCCUUUUAGGACCACUUGGUGUGAUCUCAUAAAGAAAUAAACAUGUUUUUCAUCUCUUCA